UGCACUCAGAACAAAGCCAGCAGACAAGAUGUUUAGAUCAUUUGGAUUUUUUCUCUGUGUUUUCUAUAUCGCACGCGCGUCGGGUCUCACCAACAAGGACGCCACAAACUGUACACUGACCGUUACCUUUCAAGGGCUAGAAAUACCGGACCGGGGCUACGCAAGAGCAACGAGUGGUCGGCUCAAUCAGGUGCAUUGCAACGCCUAUUGUAUUGAACCUGGGGCCGACCCUGCAUUGCAGUUUUUCAAAAAUGAAAACCGGAUUUCAACGCUUGCUUACAAGAGGAUAUACAGCGUCAGAACCACACACAACAGGAACGCCAUCCUUAACGUGCAAGACAUGGUUGAGUCCGACGAGGGUGUCUACUACUGUAAAGGGUGGAUAAACGGGAUAAAUUGGCGCGGCUGGAAGGAACGUUACUUUUCUCUAGUCUUUGCGUGCCCCAAUACCCACUUAUUAUGCGACAAUACCAAAUGUAUAAUGAACAAGGAUGUUUGCAAUGGCGUUGAAGACUGCGAAGACAAGAAGGACGAAAUGGAAUGUGGGCCUAAAGACUGUCGUGAAGACAUGUUCGAAUGCGACAACGGAGAAUGUCAUAAUAAGACAAUGUUGUGCGACUUCUAUCCCGACUGCAUCAAUGGUUAUGACGAGGCGCCCGAAACAUGCGAUCUUGCUUUCAACAAGCCCGCGCGACAGAAAGAGGAAAUGGAAAGCUUAUCUGCGUCCCUUGCAGUCGACAACGACAAUGACACGUGCACGAAUCCGCAAAACGUCACGAACCCCUGGUGGCGCGUGGAUAUAGGUCGUGACGUCAUAGUCCGCGGACUGUAUGUGUAUGUGGAGAAUAGUACCAGAGACGUUCUCAAAACAUUCACCGUUGAAGUGGAGGCCGAUGGCUCAGCCGACCGGAAGAUGUGUUUCGCAUACAGCAACCCAUCGGAACGACUUCCGGUGCCCUAUGCGUUCACGUGUUUGCAGCAUCUGAUCGGUCGCCACGUGAUCAUCACGGGCUACACGGGCAAUGCGACGAUUUCGUUGCGACUGUGUUCCGUAGGCGUCUACGAAAACUGUGUUCCGGGGACGUACGGGAAAUAUUGCACGGAGACAUGCGGAAACUGCAAGAAUGCCGCCUCGUGCAAUCCCACCACUGGACAGUGUCCGAGCGGAUGCGACGUGGAAUACACGGGAAGCACGUGCAAAGAAAAACUGAGAGUAGAGUUGGUGAAUGGGCCUAACAACCAAUCUGGACGUGUUGAACUUGUUUUUGGUACUGAACGAGGCACUGUGUGUGACGACCAAUGGGACGACAAAGAUGCCAAAGUCAUUUGCAAUAUGCUCGAAUAUGAUGGCGGGAGAGCGCUGAAUGCAGCCCACUUUGGUCAAGGCAAUUCAAGUAUUAUUCUGAAUGAGGUUCAAUGUGACGGUACCGAAAAAUCUAUCAUGUCGUGCCGCCAUUCCCGUGUUGGAGUUCAUAAUUGUGGGGAUGCAGGAGUUAUAUGUAUCCCUAGGAAAGAAUGUGGUAUUCGACCUCUGGAACAUUAUUCAAGAAAUCAACGGAAUUUAUAUACUCGGAUAAUUGGUGGUGAAGAGGCAAAAAAGGGCUUCUAUCCAUGGCAAGCUGGAAUUCAAGAGCUAAACAGUCGCUUCUGUGGCGGGACCAUUUUGAACGACCGUUGGAUACUUAGCGCCGCACACUGUUUUGAAAACAAAAGAAAAAAAGGUGACAUUAGGGUUUAUCUCGGUGACCAUGAUCUUUGGAAGAAUGAUACCUUUGAAGAACAUUUCGAGUUGGAGCACCUUAUUAAACAUCCUUAUUAUACAGAUUCUUCCUACGAUUAUGACGUGGCCCUGAUGAAGGUGAAACUAAACAAUGGAUUUGGUAUACAGUUUAAUGAUGAAGUACGGCCAGCCUGUCUACCGGAUGCUAGCCUGCAUAACCAGACUGGACUUUUGUGCCACAUCUCUGGAUGGGGAAGAACGAAGAGCAUACUAGAUCCGACUGUACCGAUUGUACUUCAAGCAGCCGAGGUUCCUUUAGUUGAUGAUGCUGACUGCCAACGGUCAUACAAAAAGAAGUUCACACCGAAUAUGGUUUGUGCCGGUUAUGUGGCGGGAUACGUCGAUGCCUGCUUAGGAGACUCAGGCGGACCUCUGGUGUGUUAUGUUAAUGGACUUUACUACGUGAUGGGCGUGACAUCCUGGGGUCGGGACUGUGCUCAACCAGAAUCCCCUGGUGUCUAUGCAAAAGUUGCAGCUUUACAGCCUUGGAUUGAGGAAACAAUGGCGUCGUAUCCUUAAAGACAAAUCUGCAUAAUUGGUGUACAUAAAAAUUAGUAUUGGAGGACAGAAUGCAUAAUCAAAUCACGUGGUUUUGUUUAUCGUAUGCUUAAACAAACAUACCCGUUGUAUAGAUAGACGUACAUUUUUUCCAAGAUAGAAAGCUGCCGGUGAUUAUUUUCUUUAGAGAUACAAAGCUAUUCUUGACCAGUUUGUGUAUGGAAGGUCAAAUAAAAAAGUGUAUUGUGUUUAACUAUUGUAAUGCUCAUUAUCAAUCAGAAACACCUAUUUUGAAUAGAAAACCCAAUUUAUUA